UGGCAUUGGGCUGGAUCCGCCCCUGCGUGCACCAUGGUGUGGAGAAAGAAGAGCGGCGGCGGCCUGUCGCCCGGUCGCGGGGCAGGCGCCGACGAGGAGGAUAAGGUUCCGAGAGGGCACGUCCCGAUGGUCGCCGGAGGCAAGGAAGGCGAGGGCGAGCGCGUGCUGGUGCCGGUGAGGCUUCUCAGCGACCCCAGCAUCGCGGAGCUGCUGGACAUGGCAGCGCAGCGGUACGGGUACGGCCAGCCGGGCGUGCUGCGGGUCCCCUGCGACGCGGAACACUUCCGACGGGUCGUCGACGGCGCCAUGCACAGAUGCGGGAUCAGCUCGGCGUGAGUGAUGAGCUGGCCAGGCUGUGACGACGGAGGAGGCGGAGGACGCGCCUCAGUGCGCGGCGAGCUAGCUAUACAUCAACAGUAAUUUCUACACAGAUAGAUGAUUCAUUUAUUCUUUAAUAGAUCGACCAAAUCUUUUGCUGGACGCGUGGAAAAUCUGCAGUGUUAGACUGCCAUUUUG